AUGGUGACUCUGAAUGUACUGAUGUUUCUUUGUGCCUUGACGGCUCUGAGUCAAGCUGCUGCAACAAAUGAUCUGCUGAGGAGUUCUUGUCCUGCUGGUUGGAGCCACUUCAACAAUCGCUGCUUCAUCUACAUCCCAAGAACCAUGACUUGGGCGACAGCCCAGAGAAACUGUGUGUCUUUGCAGGCAACCCUUGCAUCCAUCCACAACUUUCAGGAGUACCAUUACAUUCAGAGGUUGAUAACAACUGCAACUCACGGAUCACCAGAAACAUGGAUUGGAGGCUCUGAUGCUGAGGAGGAGGGCGUUUGGCUGUGGAGCGAUGGGAGUCCCUUCCACUACUCAAACUGGUGCCAUGGAGAGCCAAAUAAUGACAGGAACCAGCACUGCCUUCACAUGAACUUUGGAGGUGAUUAA